AUGUCUAUCAAAAAUUUUAACAUUUUAAGCUGUUUUCUUAUCUUGCUGUUCAUAAUUAAUUACGGCAAUGCAGAACAAUUUGUAGUUAACCUUGGCAGUAUUUCUAAUCCCUCUACUGUUAAUGCAACGCUUACUGACGAGAUAACAUUUAUUUUGGUUGAUGGCGCGUUGUUUGCUGAAACUGUUGAUAAAAAUUCUUGUCAACAACCAACUUCGAAAGUUUCAUCUUUCAAUAUAAAAUCUGAAACGACGACAUCUGUUACAAUCACACCUAAAGGAAUUGGCCAAUUUUACAUAAUUGGUUUAUUAGAUGAUAAAUCAUGCAGUUUGUGUGAAAUUAAUGUUAUCAGUAAAAAUAAUUGUGCCGUUAUUAACAAUAAUAGUGGUGAAAAUGAUGGUCAAAUUAACUGUAAUACUGUAGAAAUUGAGGUCAUCCUUGACCAGCAAUUUGAUCAUCUUACAGUUAAUGCAAUCCUUGGAGAUGAAAUACGGUUUAAAAAAGCUAAUUUACUUGACCAGGCAUUCCUUACCGAAACUGAUGAAAAAACUUCUUGUUGGCCAUCUUCAAAACCCGACGCAUUUUUUGAAAAUUUAUCCGAUACACAACCAUCAGUUAUAUUUAUACCUAAAAAGACUGGCCAUUCCGAUUCUUCUGGUACAAGUACUAUUAUUGCUACGUUAGCAACCGUAUUUACUGUUGGAUUCCUCAUAUAUUAA